GUCUCCUCUCGUCGUCUCUCUUUGGUAUCUUUUUUCUUAGCUUCGAGUACUAUUCUUUUCGCUGACAUUGUGUUAGAUUCUCUCUUGAACUUGAACGAUCUCUUUUCCAACACAAAUGUAAUGUAUGAUAUCGUUCGAUUUUUUCUCGGAUUGUUAGUUUCUUCAAAUUGCAGGUGUUUAGUUAAAGGAAGGGGAUAAGCUAAGCAGCUGGAUUUUCUUUUCUUUUCUUUUUUUUCUUCCCUGGAAAGUUAUAUUUUUAUUAUUAUUUUCUAAUGUAACAGCUGUGAGUCGUCUCUAUGGCCCACAUUAUACGUAUAUUUCUUUUAUGUUUUUUUUUUUUUUUCUAUAUUGCAUUUGCAUUUUGAAUGUUGUGAUAAACAUUUAAAACAUUGACGCUUCUGUAGCUGCUGAGAGUUUUGAUUUUUCUUUAUUUGUGUUUAUCUAUUCUGUCAAUGAGACUGAGAUCAUCCGACAGAAAUUUGUCUGGCUACUCUGUUUCUUUAUACUGUAAUUGCAUAGAAUGUCUGUCCUCUGUUCUUAAGUAAAUCUUAUAUUACUUAUUUAUAUAUUUUCACUAGAUUUGAGGCAAAUUAAUGUUUUUUAAUUUGGAGAGAACAUGUUUCAUGUUGUGAAUUUGUUUAUUAGUGCUUAAAAAACAUGGAUGAAUCUAAUGGAUUGGGAUAACAUGCAUAUAUAGAGAGAAAUGAGAUCUAGUUUCGUGAAUGUAGCAUGUAAGUUAGAUUGGUUUAUGGGCAACAUUGUCCGGUUCUGUUCAAUUAUUGUGACAUAUACUUGGUUCUUUGCAGUGUAAAAACUUGGACCUUGACUUGAAAUGGGACCUUUUGGGAUGGAAACAACACCCGGUUUUCCUGAUACUUUUGCUGGAUUCAAAUCUGCCAGUGUUGAUGAGAAUCUUGGCCAUUCAAUGGAGGAUAAAAUGAGUGACAUGAAGCAUUUCCUAAUGGAUCCUCAUCAUGAUAAUACCGCGGUGGACAGUUUCUUAGGUCUUGGUAUGGAGAAUAUGGGCUUAACCUCCAAGAUGGAGGAGUUUUCACAUGGAUUUGACGUUAGCUUUCUCCCAGAUUAUGGUGGAGUUAACACUUUUAGCACUCAAGAUGUGGAAGCAGGUUUAAAGUUUGAAAUUCUUGAUGGAAUUCUGGAUGGAGUUGAUGAAGUGGAAGAUAUCUACGCAUCACAUGAGCUUUCUUCUAUUGUUAACCAUUUCCCUCCAGAAACUGAAGUCAAGAAGAAUGAAUUAGAGGGUGACCCCUAUGGUCUUAUGAACUUCAGUUCAGAAUCUUAUUCUCCUGGAAUUAGUGGAAGCAUCGGACUCGCGGAGUGGUCAAAAGAAACUGUUCCAUAUGCUGAAUCCCAGAUUGUAUCCAGCGAAAAAGUUAAAGAUAGUUGGGAUACAAAUGAGUCAGAAGAUGACAAGAAACCACUAUCCACAUUUAUAGGCUCUUGGAUUAAACGAAAGAAUCGGAAACAGAAAUUGCUCAACACCGCUUGUAGUAGAUUAGAUUCUUCUCGUGAAAGAAAGUCUUGCGAGUCCUAUGACUUCAGGCCCCGGAAAGGACCUAUGAAGAAAUACAUUCACACUUCAAUGGAGAAAACAUUUUCUGAUGAUCAGCUUACUUUAUCUGAGAGUGAAGAUGACAUUUCUGUAACAAAGACAUCCAGAACCAAAAGUGACAGGAGAAAGAAUCAGAGGAUAUGGACUCUUGAUGAAGUAAUGAAUUUGGUUGAUGGUAUUUCUCACUUUGGUGUUGGGAAAUGGACCGAUAUAAAGAACCACUUCUUUCAUUAUGCAGCACACCGCAAACCCGUUGAUAUCAGAGACAAAUGGCGUAAUCUACUGAAAGCAAGUUAUAACGAAAAGCAUAACGAUGGACAGGCUGAAGAAAAACGAAAGUCAGUGGCUCGCUCUAUACCGAAGGAUAUUCUACAUCGUGUAAGAGAACUUGCUUCACUCCAUCCAUAUCCCUUCUCCAAAUCACCGUGUAUUGUUCAUGAUUCCUCAAGAAGCCGAAGCACUUCAAAGAACAAGAAGAAGAAGAGUGGAUGAUAUUGAUAGUCUUCAUGGAGAAAGUCUAGAGAAGCUAUAUAGAUACUUGAAUCGUUUUAACUGUGUUGGGAAGUUGUUCCAUGUGAAGUUUCUGUUAAUGAAACCGAGAAUGACUUCAAUUCAGAAAAGCAUUUAGCUUAUUCCCUCU